AUGAUUGCCAAAACAGGAGAUCAACUGGAAUGGGGAGCAGGAAUGCAAGGAGGGGAGUUCGACACUAUCUCCGAACUAUUGUUGGGUUCAAAGGCCCCACUGCCACACUGUGGCGCCGCCAACGCUGUUGAACCCGCGACCACCGUGAGUUCCGCGCCGACGCCCCCUGGAAACCAGACCAAGAAGAGAGAGACAGAGAGAGCCCUGAGAGAGCAUCACUUCGCCACCCCGGCAUUGCGCAUGGAAAGUGUGCUUUUAGACCGUGAUGAUGACUUGUCCAUUUCGUUAAACGCAUGA